GAGCACAUCUACCCUGCCGAAAUCAGUCUCUCAGAGCUUUCUGAAGCAGCAGCUGCGGUUUUAUCCCAUUCUAAAGACCUAGUGUCCUGCGUAAAUAUCCGCCUGCUUCUUGGCAGCUACGGCUUUAAAGCGAGACAACUGCUUAACUACUAUCGCCAGCAGAUUGAUCUUUAUGCUCGUAUGUGCCAGGAACGUCAGUAUAUUGCUAUCAAUUAUCUCACUCAGAAACUACCUAUAUCACUCAUAAUCAGGUGUAUGGAAGAUGCUAGCUUACCAUCCGAUCUAAGAGCUUCAUUUUGUCGCUUAAUGUUGAAUCUCUAUGUUGACCGGGACCCUCAAGAGAUAGUAAGUCCGGUGAAAUAUGCGAGGCUUUGGAGUGAUAUCGGUGAGCACAUAGAUAUCAAUAAGUAUGAGUGCACUAGUCUAAUGGCAUCUGAACAUCAGCAAAUAAAACUCCAAUUUGCACCAACAAUCCGAUUCGUUAAGACUUACUUGAGCGAUGCGAUUCAUCAUCCUUGGAACCUAUACGAUCCUGCAUGGAUGAGGCUCACUUUCGAGUUUAUAGUCUUUCAAGCCACUUUUAUUCAAGCUUUCUAA